AUUUUUCGGGACCUCAUGGUUUUAAUUUUUAUCAAUAUUUCAUGUAGGGGACCAAGGUUCCAUUUUGUAUCAAUAUUUCAGAUUACAACAUUACAUAUUAAGCAAUAUGUUUAGGGGAAAGAUUAAAGUUGAUAUCCAUUCGGCAACAGGUUUACAAGAGCCAAGUAGUCUCCACGCAGUAGGAUCAGAAGAUACACAGAUGAAUCCCUACCUGAUAGUAGAAGUAGAUGAGAAGGAGCUAGGUAGAACUAGUCGACAGUAUAAUACACUUAAUCCUACAUGGAACGAGACUCUGUACUCGGAAGAAUCAAUGGACGCAGAAGAUAUCAGAUUUGUGAUAAAACAUUGGUCUCACACAGAUGAUAUUCAUGAUUUUAUUGGAGAAUGUACAAUAUCAAUUUCCUUUUUAUUAGAUGGAACAGAAAACAAAAUCCAAACAUUCCAUCUUCCAAACCAACAGCUCUCUCCACAGGGAUCUGUAAGCUUGAAACUGGUUCUGGAGAGAACUAUUCCAGAAAUCCAGAAUAUGAAACGAAGAAACGCUUUCAAGAUCAAAUAUUACAAAGGACACCAAUUCAAGGAACACAGUUUCAUGAGCCCAACUCUCUGUAAAUACUGCGAUAAUCCUAUUCUUGGUUUAGUUAAACAAGGGUUCAAGUGCCAGACUUGUGGUAUAGGAGUACAUAAAUAUCAUUACAACAAGUUGUUGUUGUCAUGUACUGGGGUACUGCCUGCUACACCUACAGAGGAGACCAGGUUCAGACUUGGAUUCAAUGUUCCACACCAGUUGCGAAGGCGUGCAUAUUUUUUGCCAACAAUUUGCAAUCAUUGUAAGCAACUUAUUUUUGGACAACGAUUCAAAUGCGAGGAUUGUCAGAAAGAUUUCCAUGUGUAUCAUCCGAACCUUCUGAAUGAUUGUGGGGUAGAAAAUCAACGUGAGUUUAUGAGAAUACUAGAGCGGCAAAACUUUGACGCUUCUGAAAGAUACACUGAAGUAAAGUUAGAUUUGCAUGCUGACGAAUACACUCUAAACCUGCGAGCAAUUAUCAUGAAAUCUGACAUUUAUUCCACUGUGAUGAACACCUCCUCCAGACCAUCUCUGGAUGAUUUAGAGUUUAUCAAAGUGCUUGGUCAGGGAGCUUUUGGUAAAGUGUUUCAAACCCGUAAUAAGAAGACCAAUGAGAUAUUUGCUGUGAAAGCAAUUGAUAAGAAUGUUGUUAUUGAGGGGAAUGAUGUGAAUAUGAUAAUGAUCGAGAAGGAUAUCCUGGUUCUUGGGAAAGAGGACAAUUUUUUAACUCGACUUCAUUCGGCAUUUCAAAAUCAACACUAUCUCUUCUUUGUAAUGGAAUACGUCAGCGGUGGAGAUCUAUUUUAUCACAUGGUGAAACGACGUGUUUUUAAAGAAGCGCACGCCAGGUUCUACACAGCUGAGAUGGCGGUAGCCAUCUUGUUUUUACAUAAACAAGGAAUAAUUCAUAGAGAUCUCAAGCUAGAUAAUAUCCUGCUAGAUUCAGAAGGUCAUGUCAAAGUUGCUGAUUUUGGAAUGUGUAAGGUUGGUAUAAUCGAAGGAAAUAAAACAAAUACACUUUGUGGAACUCCUGAAUAUAUCGCCCCGGAAGUAUUAAAUCAAGAAUGCUAUGGCGUGUCGUGUGACUGGUGGUCCUACGGUGUUAUUUUGUUUGAAAUGAUAGUUGGUAGAACCCCUUUCCUAGGGGAGGAUGAUAACGUAACAUUUCAAAAUAUAAAAACUCAGGAACCUAAAUAUCCAAAGUCUCUCAGUAACGAUGCACGAUCCCUGCUGAUGAGACUGUUGGACAAGAAUGUUAGGACACGAAUUGCCUCUCAGGAGGGAAACGAAGAGGAGAUCUUGGAACAUAGUUUCUUUAGUUUAAUUGACAAGAGUUUCCUGAGGAGAAGAAAACUAACUCCACCCUUUAUCCCGUCCACAGAGAUGAAUGUGGACCAGGAGUUCCUGGAAGCAAGACCAGUCCUUAGUGAGAUCCAGGGAUCCUAUACAGAUACAUCAGAUAGGUACAAGGACGCCUUUCAGGGGUUUGAUUUCUAUAAUGCUGAUUUCUAGAUUCAGAUUUCAGGAACUGUAUUGUAACGUAAUUUGAGGCGACAUUCCAUUACUGUCGAGCCCGAUUAAGAACGAUACCAUUUAGCAAUUUAUCGUUUUUAUGUCUUUUCCUUUCUUGUUUCUGCUAAAUCCGAAAGUCACUCUAUAAUUAAGUCUACAGUCUCCUUAAGAUAAAGAAGGAUGUUGCUGAAUCAUCAUAAAAAAAAUCUGAAUCGACAGCAACAUUAUCCAGUUCUAUCAGAGUUUUCUCUAAAACACUGACAUCUCAGAAAGUAACAGAUUAUAUGAAAGCUCUACUGAAUUCUGAUAGAAAUAAAAAUAUUGAACCAAUCAAUUAAUAUUUUAAAUUAUAUUUCAUCCCGCACCCCCUUUUAUGUGAACACUGCCUAAUUUGUUAUCAGACUCAAUGUUAAUUUAUGAUUUUUCUAAUAUCCAAAUUUGUGUGCUUAAUUAUGAUUAAAUAAAUGAAGAUAUUUGUAA